UAUUUCUCAGUUUCCUCAACAGUGCAGAUGAAAUGGUUACUCCUGCUACUGCUAUGGCUAACAUUGAUGUUGGAGUUUCUCUUCCUCUACUUUCAUUAACCUCAACAAACUCAAACACUUUCACUCUUAACUCCAAAAUUAAGACCCAAAAACAUAAACUUUAUCUAAAUUUCUUCCAAACAAAUCACACAACAACCUCAUUUUCGUCUUCCUUAUCAUCAUCACAUAGAAACAAAAGUAGUAGUUGUCCUGUGUUGGCUUGUCUUCCUCCUGCUUCUGAAUCCUCAUUCUCAUCUUCAUCUUCCAAUACUACACCUUCUACUAGUUCUCCUUCAACUAAGCUAUAUAUCAGUGGGCUAUCGUUUCGUACAACUGAAGAGAGCUUGCGAAAUGCAUUUAAAAUUUUUGGUCAACUUGCUAAAGUCAAUCUUGUGAUGGAUAAAGUUGCAAAUAGACCAAGAGGGUUUGCUUUCCUUCGUUAUGAAACCGAAGAAGAAUCGAAGAAAGCUAUUGAAGGAAUGCAUGGAAAGUUCCUGGAUGGUAGGGUCAUAUUUGUGGAAGUUGCCAAACCAAGAUCAGAGCUACGGCAGAAAUUGAAGCAAAACACUAUGUAGUAAAAAUGAAGUUGCAGAUUACAUUAUAUGUUCAUCUUGGUGUUCAAUUUGCAGAAAGAAUCACAGUAGAAUUGCUCUAACUUUUGUGACUUUGACACUAUAAUAUGGAACCACUUCAAGCACUGAAACAUGGUUGCUAUUUUCAUCGGUCUUUGCACUAUAGUGCGGAUUAGAUUUGAGUGCAGUCAUAAGUCAGUAACUGUACACAGUCAACAACCUCGUGACCGUCUGAUCUUCGAUUAAGAUUGGACAGUUCAUAUUUUAACGUUGAAACUUUGUAUUGGUACACUUGUUAGCAUUUACCUUUUGUCUGUAUUAUACAAAAUAAAAUAAAAUAAACAUUGUCUUAUAAUUUGAACUA